AUGACUCUCAAAGACGUCUACCUGCGUUUCUUGGAGUUACCCAAUCCCAUCAGCCUGUCCGAGAAUGCCUCCCUUCAUUACAUUACCACCUUGACGACCUUUACACAGCCUGUCAACAUUGUACGGCAUCUUGAGUCUCAAAACAAAAAGUCGGUCAAGACCAAAAGCGCGAGAGUAAUUUCGGCUGUGGAAGGUCCCAAUGCUAUUGCCCUUGAGGUCGAGACUAUGCUAGAAUUCAUUUCAGGCGGAGGAUCAUAUUUACCAGGUCUCGAGAACUUCGUUGUGGAUAAGAUUGCGACAAUUCCAACGACUCAUAUGGUGCAUUUCGAUGCGGAACAGAAAAUUUCGCUCAUUCGUAUCUCGUGGGAUCAAGCCUCGUUGUUGAAACAGACCGAAGUGAUUGGUUCAAGAGGCAAGAAUUGGCCUGUAGUGGACGGCAAAGACCAGGUCAGGCUCAUCAACUCCAGCUUUACGGCGGCUUCCGCAGGGCCAGAACCGCCCACUAGUCCCCGGGGUCGCUCCGAAAAUCAAAGCCUGGCCUCAUCGCGCAGUGUGUCACCGAGCAAGAGGCACAUCAGGGAUCCCCACGCGAGCCUCGACCUCUUCUCCCCCAAGGCCACUGACGAGAAUGAGCGAAUUUCGGGUCCAAAUGCCGUGGCUCCACGGGCGUCAGCCAGACCUCCACCACGCGAGAUGAGCGAGUUGUUCGCGGCGGGACAUGAAGAUCAUGAGCCAGGAUCGCCAAAGAAGGCGCCUGUCGAGCCGGUCAUCGCGCCCAAAGGAGGCAGCAACCAGAAGUUCGCGCCGCCACGCCUCUUUGCUGAUGAUCCCAACGAGCCUGCCCCCGUCGGCUAUAAGUCCCACCCUGCCAAGUACAACCAUUUCAAUCUUGGAGAGGAGCUGGACGAUGACCCCCUGCAAUAUCGUGACAUUACCCCUAAGCCCAAGACGACGGUACCAGUGCGAGGGAAAUCCAACAGACAGCAAUCUCAGUGGGAUUUCGCAGACUUCUUCACGCCAGAAAAGAUCACGCAAAAGGUGCGAGAUCAAGACGUGGUCCACUUCAGCCUGGACAGCACCGUCAAUGACCUCGAAACGCCGGCAAAGAAAAUCGUCGGCAAGCCACGACGCGACAAUGAAAUCCACUUUGAACUGCAAGAUGAUGGAACUCCCGUCGAGCGCCAUGCCGUUCCGAAGCCUCGAAAAGAUGCGGAAACACACUUUCAGUUGAGAGACACUGCGACACCGGCUCCCAACCGUACUUCAGGCCGUCCGGCCAGCUCGGCAAGCGAUCGCAUGGGGCUAUAUUCAAAUAAUGUGUUCGACGAGGAUGAGAAUGGCAAACCGCAGGAAAAGCCACCGCUGUCAACCAUCACCAACAAUACCAAUCGCAAACAUGACUUCGACAGCCACUGGACAAUGGCGGAUGCAUCGCCAGCCAACGAAAAGGCCAAUAACGAGAACAAACCUGUCAGCAAGCACCGUAAGAAGCCGUCGCAGCUCGAAACCCAUUGGGACCCGUACGAGGAGACGCCCGAUCAGCCCCAGAACCCACCCUCGCAAAGUCGGUUGAGAAAGGGUAUGGAAAGCCAUUGGAGCGUGGGACCAGAGGAGGAGCAAAUGGCCACGAAUGGAAAAAGCAAGACCGCGAAAAGUUUCUGGGACUUUUAA